AUGGCCUCCCUCCGGGUGGACAGGGCGGCCGGCGGCCCGCGGACCCCGGCGCCCCGCGCGAGGCGACCCUCAGCCCUCAGCCUCCUCCUGCUGCUGCUGGGCGCCGCCCUGCAGCCCCAGGAGUGCGCGGCUCAGCUCCUCACCACCCCGGCUCAGCUCCUCACCACCCCGGGCAGCUUGGAGUCCGCAGUGCCCACAGGCAGAAUGGUGACAUAUACCUAUGACGAGAGCAUCUCCUCUUGCUGGGAAGACUAUCAGCGAACCAUGGACCCUAUCAAAGAAGACUGGUGCGACUGGGCCGUCAUUAGCAGCCCUUACAGCGACCUGCAGGAAUGCUUGGAAAGGGGAGCAGAGGACUUUGACCUGGGAUUCCCCAACCCCUGGGCAGAGCAGGUCAUCUUUAAGACGCACCAGACCCACUUUGCCAACUGCACCCCAGAGCAGACCACCUUCUCAGACCCCCCCGAGGACGUGCUCCUGGCCAUGAUCAUAACCCCCAUCUGCCUCAUCCCCUUCCUGGUCACGCUGGUGGUGUGGAAGAGCAAAGACAGCGAAGCCCGGACCUAA